AUGACUGACUUUAGCGCGACUAUCACCGCCACCGACGACAGCGCAUGGCACGACUACGGCGUCUACCACGCCCCCUCCUCAGCCUCGCGCCUCAUAAUCUGCGAGUCUGAUGCCGCGCACACGCCGCUCUUCUUCGCCAGCCCCGCUCUCUACAAGGGCAAGACGAACAAGCCGGACGUAACGCUACAUGUCAUCCAACCCACCGGCCUCGACGCUGCCGCCAACGCCGACGGCCGCAGACUCUCCACGGCGGCGGGCAAGCAGGGUCCCAUCAUCGCCACCGCACACUUCCGCAACACAGGCCGCACUAUCGGGCUUGCUUUCGGUGACCCAGCCAGCUCCGAGGGCGUGCACUGGGAGAAGAUGAAGCAGGAGAAUCUGUCGAAAGGGCGGUACAGCUUCAGUCUACCGCCCGUCGACGCGCUGCACCACCCCAGACACUACGACAGCCCCUUCACCCGUGAUCUUCCUUCGAACCACCCGGCUACUACUGAUGGACUAAGGAAAAGCGACGGCUGCGGCCAAUUCAGCCCCUCCAUGACCAACUACAAGGCCCCAAUCCCUCCCAGCACGAUCUCCGUUUCCCAAUCACCACUCUCCGGCCGCCACCUAACCUGGAAGCGCACGCACCACGUCGGCUCGGGCCUGGAGAGUGCCAGCGCCGCCGCCGCCUUCUACCGCCGGCUCAGCAUGGCGAACUGGAAGCUCGUGGACGACGCGACGGGCACAAUUGUCGCGCUGUUUGAGAGUAACGGGUUGAAGAGCGUGAAGAAGCGGGGGAGGCUGAGGGUUAGGAAGGAUUCGGUGCUGGAUGAGGCAGGGGCACCGUCGGGGUUGGGAAUGAGGGAUGAGGGUCGCAGCUGCGGUGAGGUGGAUCAGACGUUGUUGCUGGGGGUGGUGCUGAGUUAUUGUGUUGUGGAGGAGAGGUUGCGGCGGGAUGGUUAG